AACGCAUGAUGUUGAUAUAUAUGUACUCGCCAUGUCUAUUUAUAUUUCUACUCGUUAUGUGUACUUAUAUUGAAUUUAAAUUCAUUCUCUUUGUAUUAUUGUACUCCUGAUGUUAACUUCAGAUAAUUAAUGUAAAUCGUAUCUCUUUGUAUUUUUUAAGUUAAUUUAGAUUUGCAUUUGUAUUUCUGUCUUCCUCGUAAUUUAUAUUUGUAUGUUUGUGUGCAGGUUAUGGGUGAAGUGCCAGUGCUUUUGCAGGGGGCCCAUGACGCCGGGCACCGUUGCCACCUAUUUUUGAAACCAAAUACUAAGCAUGAUUAUCGGCCUUUCAGACUUCGAACCAUAAAGAAAACAUGGCCAAUACACAAUCAUUUCCUUGCUUACCUUGACGCUUAUGGACUACAAGGUUUUGCUAGGCUCACAUCAUGCGACGACCAAGUACGUUCGGACCCAUCCCUUUUGACAUCCCUCGUUGACCGGUGGAGACCUGAAACCCACACCUUUCACUUUCGUUUUGGGGAGCUUGCACCUACACUGAAAGAUGUUUCUAUGAUCACUGCUCUACCAAUUAGAGGUGAGCCGGUAGUCUCUCCACGAGUGUCUCCAUCUUGGGCAUUAGAUAUAGCAGCCCGUCUUGGGAUGGAAAUGCCAGAAUCACAACGUUCUGGUAACCCUCGGGGCAUCCCACUCGUCUGGCUUCGUGAUAACUUUCUUAAUUUAUCUAGCUUCGCCAAUGAGGAGACGAGAAAAAGACAUCUGUUUGCAUAUUUGUUGUGGCUCCUCGGGAAUCUAUUUCCAAAUUCACAUGGGGACGUUGUUGUCCCUGGUCUCAUCUACAUUGCAGAGAAUAUGGUAGAUGAACCUUUACCCGAGCAGCCAAAAUACAGCUUCGGUUCUGCCAUGCUAUCUCAUACAUACAGAGGCUUGUGUGAUGCCACGCAAAAAACCUCUUUCGCACAAAAAGCUCCAUUACUUUGUGUCGCCUAUGAGUUUCUACAGUUGUGGUCCUGGGAAUACCUCCCUGUAGGACGACCUCGUAUAGUACAACCCAUAUACCCAUAUGACUUUGGCGAGGGUGCUAGCGCAACUAUGGCCACCAGGUGGACAAAGGCACGGAAACGUUGGUCUCCAGAUAUUGCGAAAAAUUGUUACCCUAUGUACCACCAGCAGUUUGAGAUACUUGAUGAGGCAGAAGUCACAUGGAACCCGUGGACUCAGGACCAGCUAAAAUUGGUCUUUGAUGCUCGACACUUCACACCAGGCAUGUUGACCGAUAGUGCAUUCUGGCUGACUCGCUGCAACUUAUUGUUCCUGUGGUGUGUUGAACCUUACAACCCAGAGCGUGUAAUGAGACAGUUCGGUCUCUAUCAAGAAAUUCCACCACCUUUUCCCAGACGUAUCGAUGAGGAAACACAUAAGCUAACCAAUAUGGGCAGGGGUUGGAGUUUAUACGAUUGGAGGGAAGAGAACAGUGAAUGGGUACACAAGUGGACAAAUGAAGCGCUAGCAGAUAUAGUGCGUGAACUUAGGCCGUACGAUGGAAGUACAGAUCAAGCGUACAACUGCAGGCACAAGCAAGCAGAGUCUCAUCACACCGCUGCCGACCUCCCCACCUCACCUCAGCCAAUUCUCUCGCAUAAACUAUUUCUUGGAUCCUUCAGAGAGGAUCUAGUGCAGCAGCAGUGGGUGGGAUCUGCGCGCGCGCACCAGCUUCCAUGGGCCUUGACGUCGCGGAAAUCUCUGAAUUGGCGGCGCUCCGGCCGAUCCAGACGGCCGUGAGCCGCGCCCGGGCCACGGCGGUGCCGGGGGAGGAUGAUGACGCUGCCGACACCGGCUGUGUCACACCGAAGGCGAGCGGCGCGCGGUCAGCCGCUGCAGGAGGAGCGGACGACGACGACGCCGCCGCGGCCGCCGACACCGGCUGCGUCACGCCGAGGGCGAGCGGCUGCAUCGCCAUGCUGCCCAUCGCGCCACUCCUGCAAGAUGACGGCGUCGACGCUGGCUUCGCCACGCCGCUGGCCACGGGUGGAGUAAUUGGGCCGCGAGACGGCUGCGCCGCUGCCGGCGACGAGAACAGCUUCACCACGCCGACCACGGCCGACAGCGCGCUGUUGCCGUCCACGGUGUGCCCGCCGGCGCCGUGGAAGUCGGCGCCGGCCCCGACGAGGAAGCGGGCGCCGCUGCAGCAGCGGCUCUUCUACCCGGUGCCGAGAGACCUGAGCACCGUCUUCGUCGCCGUGCCGCAGUGCCCGCCGCCCGCCAAGAAGAAGCGGGCGCACGUGGUGGAGUCAUCUGCGCUUCUAGGCACGUGA